AUGACCGAGCCACAGCCGACCAUCCCCUCUUCCCUCGAGCGGUAUGCGAUCGACUGGUCACCCACAGGGUACCUCGGAGCAGGCGCGUACGGCACGAUCUACAAGGGGAUAGAUAAGGAGACGGGCAAACCUGUUGCUCUCAAGGCUGUCGGCAUUUCAGGCGUUUUCAACCAUCUGGUGCUGCGUGAAGUGACCUUACUCGCAUACCUGGCUCAGGUUACGGCUGGCGGCCAGCCUUUUAAGAAUCCUGCAAUCGAUCUUAUCUCGAGCUUCAAAUUACGACUCGAUGAUACAACGAAAGACUUACCCUUUGCGAAGCAUUUCGAGAACUGCUCUUCGCUAAUCUGCCUUGUCACUCCGCUCUAUCCACACGACUGUGAAAGGUUCCGAACGUACAACUUAGUAAGCAGCUUUACACUGUCCCAGAUGGUGUUCUUCUGGCACUCUGUGGUUACUUGUCUUCGGAACCUUCACAGACUGGGGAUCGCACACAGAGACGUCAAGCCGUCGAACAUUCUUCUGGAUGGCAACGGCUCUGCUUUUCUUGCAGACCUGGGGAUGGCUAAGUAUUGUGUUUAUUCCUCUCCAAGUGCUUCUGCUAACUACGCUGAGCCUGAGGUUCUUUCCGCCGAUCACUACUCCCCCAUUUCAACGGGAACAACGUGCACCCUCGUGUACAGGGCGCCUGAAUCGACGCUCAGAUGCUAUGAUUUCCUCUCUACUAAUGGUUCCCUCUUUGACCGACAAGAAAGUGUAACACCCACGUCUCUUGAUGCUUUGGGAGAUGUGUAUUCACUGGGGUUGACUCUUCUAGAAUCAAUCAUAUCUCGAGUUGUAUUCUUUCUUCCACUAGAGCAUGACAACCCUCGCACAAAUAAUAACUCUAGCCCCUCCAACCCAAAACCGCCCAGACAAGACGCCUCGCAAAAACACAAUAUCUAUCUGUUUAAGAUGCAAACGCUCUUCAUUUCAUGUGUCGCUCGGCCGAGGGCAGAAGUGAGUCUUGGCCACCCUGCCAUCAGUCAUCGCCUCAUCUGCCUGCUCAGUGGGUGGACGCGUGCACCCUUGCGUGUUUUAGGCAAUGGAAGGAAGUCCUAUGCGGUGCUAACCCGUUCGAGGCUUCCCCUCCUGGUCCCUCUGCGACUUCCCCCCGACCCCAGCACGACGGCCGGAACUCACCUGCGUGCUCGCCAUGCAGAGGAACAGGCGCACCCUGUCCACGGCCGUGAAGACGCACCGCAAGGCCCCCUCUGUCUCGUACAGGGCGCAGAACGUGUGUGUCGAAGGGGCCAGCUCGCACGUGCCGACAGAGCGGGGGCCGUCUGCGCCGCUCUCCACGGGCAUCCUGUGGAAGUGGAGGAGGUCUCCCCUGUAGAAGAAUUUCAAUGCUGUCAGAAUAAAUUCCUCAUGCGAACCGCCGCGCUGGACGGCCUCUCUCACUCAGUUUCAAUGCUUCGGUGCCGCGUAUCUCUGGCGAAAACGGAAGAAGGCGGGCACCCCAGCACCCGACCCUCUGCGCCUUUGUAG